AUGCCAAAAAAGGUAGUGACUAGACGCCAGCGUAAGGCCGCCGAAGCCAAGCGCAAGGCGGAAGAGGAAGCUCGUCUGAAUAUCUUGGCCAGUAUUGGAGGUCAGAAUGCGGUUGAGGAUGCCAAGGCUUCGGAUGAAGAUGCUCAGAAUACCACAACACAUGACGAGCCGUCCCAGCAACAAUCCCAGGGUGGCCCAGCUGUCGAUGCGAUGGGACCUCCGUUGACACGGCAUAAGAUCAGGGGCUACUUUGGCAAGAAGAAGUUGAAGAAACUGGUGCGAGACUAUAAGCGAGGAAUGAAAUCGGCAAAAAUGGGGCAAAGACUAGCGGCUGAGGAGUCGCGUCAACAAUAUUCCAUUGAAGGUCCGGAACAAAUCCCACCUGUUUUCAAGAAACUUGCCGAAACAUCAACGUCCCACAACGUGGCUCUUGAAGUGCUAAAGACAAAUUGGUACGAUGGUCAAGAGGUGAAGCCCUCUUUGAAUGAUAGCCUGGUAACCAAAAUCUGCAAGCAAAUCAAGGCACAAAUCAACACAGUCCUCAACAAAGCCAAGCAGGGAGAUCGGGGGCCGUUGGAGUUAAGACCUAGGUCUGAGCAGCGUCCAGUGGCACGGGAAAGCUGCUCAGAUCCCGGUCAGGGUGCUGGCUUUGUUGAGGUACCUGAUACACUACAAACCGAAGAGGACUCCAAGGAUGCGACCACUACCACACCAGAAGCGCCGCCGAUUCAACCGCCGAAAGUGUUCGGCAACACUGGAUACUUUAUGCUGACCGGCACCGAUGAGCAAUUGGCACAACAGCUUGCCGACCUGGCCGCUAGGAACGUCGUGAUCCAGUCGUACCUCCACUGUCCAGACCCGUUUAUGGACAGGGUGGAGCAGCAACUGAAUGACUUGGUCGCUAACCGCGAAGAACUCGUGGAGAAGAUGCGUAGCAAGCAUGGUAUGCUCGCAUCACCACGUGAAAGGCGUCAGAUGAAGUCGAAGAAACACAUGACCUAA